GAAGAAGAGGAUAAUUUUAAGAAAAGAAAACCCAAUAGAAUCACCCAAUAACUUUUGUAAAAAACUGUAAAAGAACACCAGUUGACGGUGUCAUGUUUCACAAAAAAGUUUCUGAACUCUCCACCCUUCUCGCCUCUCCCUCCCUCGUCCUCUUUCUAUGGCCUGCAAAUCCACCAUUUUCUUCUUCUGUUUCCUCUUGUUGGCACUCAAAUCGGCAUCUUCCCAACAGAUCUCCACCAUUGAAUCAACCCAAACGGACUGCAACAACCGUUGGAUCCACAUCAGGAGCCUCCCUUCACGCUUCAAUCUCGAUCUCCUAGCAAGCUGCUCUCAAUACCCUCUCUUGGACGAUUUCUGCUCCCACCUCGCCAACCAUGGCCUUGGCCCAAAGACCCACAACCGCUCUCAUAGUUGGUACCGCACCGAUCCGAACUUACUCGAGCUUCUCUUCCACCGAAGAAUCCUCGAGUACCCAUGUCUCACCCCCGACCCAAAUCUCGCCGACGCCAUUUACCUCCCUUACUAUGCGUCACUUGAUUCACUCAGGUACCUUUACGGCCCUGAUGUCAACUCCAGCAUGGAACAUGGCCUCGACCUGUACCGUUUCUUGAAGCGAGACUCUCCUGAAAUAUGGUCUCGCCGGAUGGGUCAUGACCAUUUCCUUCUUAUGGCUAGACCCGCCUGGGAUUUUUCCCAGCCGUUGACUAACGAUCCUCCCAUAUGGGGCACCUCCUUUCUUGAAUUGCCAGAGUUCUAUAAUGUCACUGCGCUGGUGCUUGAAUCCAGAGUAUGGCCAUGGCAGGAACAGGCCGUGCCUUACCCGACUUCCUAUCACCCCUCCAAUCUGCCAUUUUUCGAGUCAUGGAUUCAACGAGUCAGGAAGGCAAGGCGGAGCACUUUCAUGCUCUUCGCCGGCGGUGGCGGAGUCUCUGCCACCCCCAACAUCCGGCGGAGCAUCAGAAACGAAUGCCUCAACGCCACCAACCUGUCUCUAACGGAUGCAGGGUACAGCAAGGUGUGCGAGAUCGUUGACUGCUCAAAUGGGAUAUGCGAGCUGGACCCUUUAAGGUACAUGAAGCCGAUGUUGCAGGCAAGCUUCUGUUUGCAGCCGCCAGGGGACACUCCGACGAGGCGGUCAACUUUUAAUGGGAUUCUUGCAGGGUGCAUUCCGGUUUUCUUUGAAGAACAAUCGGCAAAAUCACAGUACGGAUGGCAUUUGCGUGAAGAUGAGUACGGGCAAUUCUCGGUCUCCAUAGCGAAGGAAGAUGUGGUGUUUAAGGGGGUAAAGAUUUUGGGAUGUGUUGUGGCAAUACCUAAGAGUGAAGUGAGGGAGAUGAGGGAGAAGGUUAUACAGUUGAUACCAAGAAUUAUGUAUAGGAGACAUGGAAGUUCUAUGGGUCUGAGGAGUAAGAAGGAUGCCUUUGAUAUUGCAAUUGAGGGUACUUUACACAGGAUUAGGUCUAGAUUACAAAAUCUCUCUGCUCAAUGACUCUUCUGCCAUUUCUUCUUUUCUUCUUUCUUUCUUCAUGUAAGUAUGAUUUAACUAGUAUUUGCGAUCGACACUGCAGGGUUAAUAGAGAAUGGGCCAAAUCUGUAUUUCAUUAAUAUAAUCAGCAAAUUCAGUUUUGGUGUUCAUUUAAUGCCUUGAA